CCCUGAGGGGCAGCUGGGGGUCCCCUGGUGGCGGGGCACAGGGCAGGGGUGGAGCGGGACUCUGGGGGGCCUCAGAGCGGAGUGCCAGCCUGUCCUCGGAGGGCCCCGGGUGCUUGCCGUGUCCUGCUUACUGCCUUUAAGCUUUGGGUAACUUUGAAACGGGAGGAAAAUGUCACUCGAGGAGGUCUGGCACAGCAGACGGUCAUCCACCGAGCUGACCCCUGCUAGCCUGUGGCGUACCAGCCCCAAAGACUCGAGGCCCGUGCUGCAUGGAAGUGUGGCCAGGCUGCUCUCUCUGCUUGAGCAAGGUCUAGCGAGCUGUCCUGGGGUCACCGGAGACGGUUCUCCAUCACAACUGAGGCCCGGGUCACUGGGUCUGCUUGAUUUAUGGAAAUACAGUUUUGUAGCAUCUGCUGCAAGUGUUUUAGGUGGUAUUUACUCUCUCGCUUUUACAGCUCUCGGGUGUUCCAGACGGUUCUAGGUUUCUUUUCUGAGGGGUCUGCCGAGGCCUUAGACGGGGCAGCGGGAGCGAGGCAGGUUCCGGGUGCUUGGCGCCCAGGGGCAGUGCAGGCCUGCUUCCCACAGUUCUCUUCUGUGCUCACGGUCGUUGUGGGGGGGUCAGCUGUGGAGCCGGAGACCACGUGAGAUGAGCUAACUUCCAUCCCGGGCCGGGGCAGGAGGCGGCUGUGGGGCGGGGUCGUGUCAUGUCAGCUGUGUAAGCAGCACGGCUGAAACUGACGUCACGGGUGGUAGACCGGCCCGUCCGGUAGAACUUUCUGCGCUCCCCUGCCCACACUGUCCGAUGCAGCAGGACCCCCUGAUGGGACGCGUAAAGACCGUAACUGAGAUUGUUGGCAACUGAGGAACCGGAUGUUCGGCUUUACCUAGUGUGGCCCAAGACUCUCGUGACUACGCACCCCAGAAAGCUCGUCUCCAGACCGGGGGUGCCCGGACUUCGUUGAUCACACACCCACGAGUUUUAAAACUUGAGGGGGCAGCGCCCACACGUGUUUAUUUAAGGGGCAGGCAUCGCGGAUGGCACGGCUUGCCUUCCGCGCGGACGCGCUCGCGCACGACGCCCCGCGUGCAGGCGUGGCGCAGAGCUGCGGAGGGGAGCCGCACCCUGACUGCUCAGACCGGGGUCCUGACCCCUCAGCAGCCACGUGGCAGCCUCUGCUGUGGAGUCCGCCCGGGACAGUGCGGUCAGUGGUGGGGAGUCUGGUGACGCGCCAGGCUGUGAGAGUAGCUCCUGUUGGCACCGCUCCUUGGCGCCUGUCGGGUAGACGUUAACCUGCAGGCCUCCGUGGCGUUGGCAGCCUGGCCCGAGCCCCGCGCGUGGUGCCGGGGGAACCGGCUCGGUUCCCAUGCUCUCCCGGCCCGGCUCGCUUGCCCCGCGGGCUCCGCACCCCCACCCCCACCCGGGGGCCGCCGCUCUGCGGGAGUGUCAGAUGUGCUUGCGGCAGGACCCCCAGGCCCCUCCGGGUCCAGAGCGAGGUGAUCUGCUGAGAACCUCAGGAAAACCGCGCUUGGGCCCGUCGGAGGCCAGUUCCAGUCGGAGGCUGCGCUGAAACGCAAUUAGCUGCCAGACAGCAAGCCAGGGUCUUCCUCUGCCACAGGCCAGUCGGGGCACAAGGGGGAAAGGGCCCUGGGGUGUGUUCAGAAACCUGCCGGCGCGGGAGGGCGCGCGCCCUGGGCCCCCCGGCCCCCUGCUCUCCGGAGUUCUGUGUGAGCUGUCACUGAGGGUACGUGUGUGGACUCCAGUGAAGAAAAAGCCUGCUUAAAUGGGUCCCUUGUGCCGUGCAGGCAGUAGCGAUAAGGUUUGUUGUGGGUUUGGUUGUGAUCGGAGUCUGAUGUUUGGAGCUUGAAUGAGAGCCUGACCCGUGACAUCUUUGGACCUGGGAGAAAUUCACUCAAGACCAGCCAGCUACAGUGUUGGGGGUCUCUUCUGCACGCCUUUGUUCUGACUUCUUUUAAAGUUUGAAGAGGGUGAGGAAGGAGAAGAGGAGGAAUUGGAAGGUGACGAGGAGGGAGAAGAUGAGGACGAUGCCGAAAUUAACCCUAAGAAGGAGCCCAGCCAGCCCUCCGAGUGCAAACAGCAGUAAGACGACGGCACCGAGGACCCGUCGCGGCCGCAGCGCGACUGCACCGGCAGCCCUCGCCUCUAACUCGUUUUCAAGUGCAUGAUUUUGACGUUAACUUUUCCUUUAUUCUUAUUAUUUGGCUUAACCUGUACAGUGGCGACUUAAAUGCAUUUCAGAGAUAGGAGGUUUGCUUCCAGCACCCUCUACGGCCUUGGGUGCAGCGCGGUGGACUUCCCCAGGCCCUGCCUUUGGGAGGAGGGGGCGGUGGAAGGUCGGUCGACGCCAAGGGCAGACGUCUGGGGACGUGGUUCCAGGGCAUCUAGAGCCAGUAACUCCCCUCCGCAGUCGGACCGGAUUCUUCUUCACUUGGAGAAACUCACACGCUUUGUGUUUCCGCCACUUGGUCUCCUGUGCUCUCGUCGUGCCCCAAGGGCUGGUAGAGUCGAGUCCCGUUCUUAGAGCGUUCCCUCUCCAGUUUUGUGUCCCUCGGGGUGGCGUAGGGGGUGCGCGCACCCCGGCCCCGAGGCGCCAGUGCUUGUGGUCCAUCCUCGUAUUUAUUUAUUCUCUCCUGCUCGUGAGGGCUCGGGGCGCCUGCCGUCGCUCGUCCUUACAGUCUCUGAACCCGUGUGUGUGCCUGGUGACCCGGUGACUCCCCGGGUGGGUGUGCUGGCGGCUCCCACGCGAGCCAGGCCUGCGUAGAGGGACCCUCGCUCUGUCCCGCCAGCGGCCGAGGCCGGGCUCGUUUUCCUGCCGGGCGGACCUCCGGCUCUGGCAGGGGCGCGGGGGGCGCCCGUGGCGGGGGGCCGCUUCUCCUAGUGUGUGCAUGUCGGGUCUUGCUUCCUCGGUAGCCCCUGUUUCUCGGCCCUGUGCUCAUCUUGUCUUCAAAGCCCUGGGUUCGGAGUGACCCGUUCUUGGCUGGCGUGUGAGGUUUCCGAGUGUGUGACCGCGGUCUCUGGCAGCCGGGGAUGCCGUGUCCACACUGUGACCAGGCCUGUAGAGUGCUCAGCCUUACUUACAAUACAUUUGUAACUGAAUACGGUGUUUUCAAUUUGUACAGAAUAGUUAGAAUAUUCUAUUAAAGUUGUGAAACACGAAUCCAGCACUGUGCAGUGUGUCUCUGGGGGAGAACCUGGUGGGAGCAGCGGGCGGGGGUCCUGGCACCUGCUCCCACCCGGCAGCUCCGGGCCGUGGCCGCGCGCCCACACGGACUGUGUCUGUAGAGCCGUGGGGAGUGAGCAGACCCAGGACUUCAGGCCUUUCCCGUGUUGUCUUUGGGGCUCUUGCAGCCGGUUCUCGGGAGGAGGCUGCGUUUACCUGGCCCAUUAGACCCCCGGACCUGCUUCACUGCCAGCGGGGUCUCAGGGUCCCCGGGUGGUCCCUCUGCUGCCACGGGAGAGGGUCUGCCCUCCCCGAGGAGAAAGCCGUUCCCAGAGUUUGUGGGGCUGUGCCUUCCAGACGCAGAGGUUCCCAGGAGGGAGAGGUCCCGCACGAAGGCCACCUUUGCUGUGUCUUCUCACUGGGGCUUUUCUGCUGGGGUCCCCAUCCCUUCAUGAGAGGGAGCGCUCCCUCCCAGGACACCUGCUGCACGGGCUCUUGCUCGGGACCUGACCUGGGGGUGUCUGUCUGCUCUUUGAGCAGGAGCCGGGGCCGGGAGAGGGCAAGCGCACCAGCCUGCUCCUCCCUGCGGCCCAGGAGCCGGCAUCCAGUCCACCCGUUGUCUGCCCGGGGACCAGCCUCUCCCUGGGAGUAGCUGGAAGGGGGAAAGCAGCCACAACUGGGAGUAGCUGGAAGAGCCGUGUUUCCAGCGUGCCCCAGACAACUGGAGCCAGAAUGUUCUUGGUUCUUGAAGUACCCAGGCGAGCUGGGGCUCAGACUCCCCGGGCAGAGUGGCCCACGGGUGAGCCCCACCUGGGUCGCCAGGCCUGCCUUCUUCCCGCUGACACACAGUUAAACACCCCAUCCCGGAGGAUAGUCUGCAGAGAAGACACCCGCAUGCAGCUCCCUGUCUCCUGGCUGGGAGCACCCCUGGAGGAUGGGCCCCCAGCUGGGAGAGCCCCUGGAGGUCGGGGCCCCAGCUGGGAGCGCCCCUGGGGGUCGGGGCCCCGGCUGGGAGAGCCCCUGGGGACGGGCCCCUGGCUGGGAGAACCCCUGGAGGACGGACCCCGGCUGGGAGAGCCCCUGGAGGACGGGCCCCGGCUGGGAGAGCCCCUGGAGGAUGGGGCCCUGGCUGGGAGAGCCCCUGGAGGUCGGGGCCCUGGCUGGGAGAGCCCCUGGAGGUCGGGGCCCUGGCUGGGAGCGCCCCUGGGGGACGGGCACCCGGCUGGGAGAACCCCUGGAGGACGGACCCCGGCUGGGAGAACCCCUGGAGGACGGACCCCGGCUGGGAGAGCCCCUGGAGGUCGGGGCCCUGGCUGGGGGCACCCCUGGGGGAUGGGCCCCCGGCUGGGAGCGCCCCUGGAGGUCGGGGCCCUGGCUGGGAGAGCCCCUGGAGGACUGGCACCCGGCUGGGAGAGCCCCUGGAGGACGGGCCCCCGGCUGGGAGAACCCCUAGAGGACGGGCCCUGGCUAGGAGAGCCCCUGGAGGACGGGCGCCCCGGCUGGGAGAGUCCCUGGAGGUUGGGGCCCUGGCUGGGAGAGCCCCUGGAAGAUGGGCCCCCGGCUGGGAGCACCCCUGGGGACGGGCCCCCAGCUGGGAGAACCCCUGGAGGACGGGCCCCGGCCGGGAGAGCCCCUGGAGGACGGGCCCUCGGCUGGGAGAGCCCAUGGAGGACAGACCCCGACUGGGAGAGCCCCUGAGGGUUGGGGCCCUGGCUGGGAGCACCCCUGGAGAACGGGCCCCCGGCUGGGAGAGCCCCUGGAGGACUGGCACCCGGCUGGGAGAGCCCCUGGAGGACGGGCCCCCGGCUGGGAGAGCCCAUGGAGGACAGACCCUGACUGGGAGAGCCCCUGAGGGUCGGGGCCCUGGCUGGGAGAACCCCUGGAGGACGGGCCCCGGCUGGGAGAACCCCUGGAAGAUGGGCCCCCGGCUGGGAGCGCCCCUGGAGGAUGGGGCCCCGGACCUCUGCGGCAGCUGCUGUCCCCGCAGAUCCUGACUGAUCCAGGCUCCCCAAGGACUCCCGACUCGCACAUUCCCCUGGAGCAUCCAGAAUGAACCUGUUUACAAACCUGUAGCUUCGAGUAACCGCAGGAUCAGGAACGACCGUGUGCCUGGGUGAUGUGCAGGAGGUUCACAGGGACGGACACGGCUCUGUGAGCAUUGGUCCCAUUGGCCCAGGGCUCACUGCGAGCGAGACCUUUCAGGGGAAGCCUCCCUCCUGCCGGCCCCUGGUGGGCGGACCCACGCCCACUAGGAGCCGCAGCACCGCUCAGCCUGGCGGCUGCCGGGCCUCACUGAAGAAACGCAGGUCACGUGGGAAGAGUCUUCGAAGGGCACAGCUCCGCGGGCAGGGGCGGUCCCGUCCGAGGACCCCCCUGCCCGGCAGUUCUGAGGCCUUCAAAAAAGUAGGUGUGCAUCACGGGCGGGAGUCCGCACCCAGUGUGUGUGCAGAGCGCGUGUGUGCAGAGCUCCGUCCCUUCAGAGACCGGCUGAGUCCAUGCAUGGCCACCAAGAACGGGCGUCCAUGUGGGUGCACGCCUGUGCGUGCGUGUUCACAGGGGUUACCUUCGGGGUCUGAGCUGAACGGGGAGCUGGAGAGGGCGGCUGGGCCCCGGGGACGGUGGGACGGGACUCCGGGCCUGGUGGCUGGCCGUGGUGAGUCGCGCUGCAGGCCGUAGCGGGUGUGGGUGUCAGAGUUUGUGCCCGGUGCGCGGACGGGCAGCGGGAGGGACGUUUGGAUGCCAGCCGUCCCCGGAGACGCUGGGUUUCAUUUCCCUGCGGGAAGAAGAGUGCGCGAGCUCCACGGAGCUGGGUCCCCGCGGCCUCAGGCUGGCGCUGGUUGUUCCAAACAUAUUCGGACGGCAAGAUGCAGCUCGAAGCCCUGAGAAGCCGUGCCUUCCCCAACCGUCCACGGCGGCCCUGCCUCCUGGCCUGUCGGUGCAGCUGCUCCCUGACCUCACCCCUGCGCAGUCACAGGAAAGGGAAGGCGGGGCCUCAUGCCGGCCGGCCCUCAGCACCUCAGGGAACCUGCAGACGCUUCCUUGCCCUUGCGCUUGCUCCCGAAAGUUCCAGAGCAGCCAGGAGACAGCAGCUCUGGGGGCUGGCCGGCUCUGCAGGGGCUGGGCUGCCGCCGCCUCGGGGCCCCAGGGCUGCCCGCCUGGCUGCUCUUUGACCUCUGUCUCCACUGACCCCCUGAACCGCUUGGAGCCGGGCCCACCCGGCCCCUCUUUGGGACCCUCGUGGGCGGGGCCGUCACGAUGCUUCUUUGAGAGGGUCAGGUGAGCAUCCGGGCCCACCUCCCGUCCUCACGGCCUCUGCUGCCCAUGCCCUCCCUCCCUCCCUAGACUGUUCCCUUUGAGGCCACGGGGCCGGAGUCUCGCACGUCACACGAGACCGUGCCCCCUCAGACGUGCUCAGAAUCGAGUGGCUGCCGUCUCUGAGCUCCAUCCUGGCCCGGCCUCUGCGUCCCGGCCCCUGGGCGGCUCGGCUCUGCCCUGGGCCGUUCCAGGGUUUCCACAGAUGCCUGGAGUUCAAGGUGGGGUCCCAGCGGGGGGACCUUGGAAGCAGGGAGUGAGCGAAGCCAGCCAGACACAAGGGAGGGCGUGCAGGUGACACGGUGGCCUCUGGCAGCUGUGCGCGGACUGUGGUCACUGGGGAGUGGGCGCGGGGGCGGCCAGGGUACCUCCGGGCGGUGGAAACUCACGGAAACCCCUCAGUGAGUGCGCUCGGCUGUGUGUGCAAACCGUACCUCGGGGAACCCGCGUUGUCAGAAGUGCUCCCAAGUCGGGGUCCGUCCACCUGAAAUCCUGGUUCUCCCCCAUGAUGGGUUGGGAAUUGUGGCCACCCGGGGUGGGGGUGGGGGCGGGUCGCCCACGCCCCUGUCCACGCCUACGGGUGAGGGCUCCACAGCGUGCCCGCAGCGCCCGCAGCUCUGUGGCGGCCAGUCUGCCGGAUGGGCUCCUGGCCCUGUCCCGUGGGGCCGGGGGCCGAGCAGAGGCCUGACGCACCCCCUCCGGAGCCAGGCCGAGUCGGCCGGAUGGCUCCCGCUCCCACUCCCGCUCCCGGAGGGCUCCUUGGCCCCGGCCCAGCCUUCAGGCACCCCUGGACUUUGGCCCCUGGACACAUCCUUCCCGCUCCGGCCUCAGCGCCUGGCCACCUGGACACGGGGGCCGACCAGCCGUUCGGUCUCCCGUCCGCCGGGAGGUAGUGGCAGGCAGAACCCCCCGACAGCAGGGGCCCCAGGACCGUCCUCCGCUGGCCCCGGCCGAACCCUCCGUUCUUCAGAAUUUGCAGCACCUCGUCUGCCUGGGACCCUCCUGGGAGCCCCUGAGGCUCGGAGGGCAGGAGCCGGCACCCCCGAGGGCACGGUGGCCGGCAGAAGCUUGCAUUCCCACCAAAUACUGACCCCGGCCACCGGGAGGGUGAGGCCCGGGCACACCCUGAGGCCAAGUCCUCUCGGGGCACCUGGGCGGGGCCCCUGCCCGCCCCCAAGAUGCCAGGCUGACUCAGCGCAGGGAGGGCGGCGGCCGGAUGUUACUUUCUCUGACGACCAGACAGGCGUGCCUGGCCUAGCCGGGGCUCCGGGCCUCUUGGGGUCUGCGACCCGGGACCUUCUGCGGCAGGCCCCACACACACACGUCCUGCACCGGCUGCUUCCUCCCCCGCCGGGCCGGGCUGGGGGCUUCCGGAAGGCUGGCUUGGCGGAAAUGUCCAUCAGGUCUCUGAACCUCCUUGGGUCUCAGCCCGCCCCCGUUUCUGGGGGGGGUGGCUGGAAGGUACCAGUAGGGCUGCCCCCCCUGAGGGGUUGC